GGCCCGAUCGCGUCCGGAGCCGGCUGGUGGUAGCGGCCGUGGCAGUGGCAGCGGACCGGCUGCUCCUUGCCCAAGCCAUGCCGGCGGCGCGCGUGGAGUACAUCGCACCGUGGUGGGUUGUGUGGCUGCACAGCGUCCCGCACCUCGGACUGCGCCUGCAGCGGGUAGACAGCACCUUCAGCCCCGGCGACGAGACUUACCAGGAGUCGCUGCUCUUCCUGGGGGUGUUAGCUGCCGUUGGCCUGGGCCUGAACCUCAUCUUCCUCGCUGUGUACCUGGUGUGCACCUGCUGCUGUCGGCGGGACCACACAGCGCAGACCAAGCAGCCCAAAUCAUGCUGUGUGACCUGGACGGCGGUGGUGGCCGGUCUCCUCUGCUGUGCCGCUGUGGGUGUUGGUUUCUAUGGAAACAGUGAGACCAACGAUGGGGUGCACCAGCUGAUCUACUCCCUGGACAACGCGAACCACACCUUCUCUGGAAUUGACGAGCUGGUGUCUGGAAACACCCAGAAGAUGAAAGUGGACCUGGAACGGCACCUGGCCCGGCUCAGCGAGAUCUUUGCCGCUCGGGGCGACUACAUCCAGACCCUGAAGUUCAUGCAGCAGAUGGCGGGUAACGUCGUCAACCAGCUCUCGGGACUGCCCGUGUGGAGGGAGGUCACCACGCAGCUGACUGAGCUGUCCCACCAGACUGCCUAUGUGGAGCACUACAGGUGGCUGUUCUACCUCCUUCUUUUCAUCCUGGACCUGGUCAUCUGCCUGGUCACCUGCCUGGGACUGGCCAGGCGCUCCAAGUGUCUCCUAGCCUCCAUGCUGUGCUGUGGAGUUCUGACCCUGAUCCUCAGCUGGGCUUCCCUGGCUGCUGACUCGGCUGCAGCGGUGGGUACCAGUGACUUCUGCAUGGCCCCUGACAUCUACAUCUUGAACAACACACGGAGCCAGCUCAGUUCAGAGGUGACCCGCUACUACCUGCAAUGCAGUCAGAGUCUAAGCAGCCCCUUCCAGCAGUCACUGACCGUGUUCCAGCGCUCACUGACCACCAUGCAGAUCCAAGUUGUAGGCCUGCUGCAGUUUGCUGUUCCCCUCUUCCCUACAGCAGAGAAAGACCUUCUCGGCAUCCAGAUUCUGCUGAACUCCUCCGAGACCAGCCUGCACCAGCUGACUGCCAUGUUAGAUUGCCGAGGGCUGCACAAGGACUACCUGGAUGCCCUCACUGGUAUCUGCUAUGAUGGCAUUGAGGGCCUGCUAUUCCUUGGUCUCUUCUCCAUCCUGGCUGCCAUGGCUUUCUCUACCCUGACCUGUGCGGGGCCUCAGGCCUGGAAACACUUCAUCAGCAGGGACAGAGACUACGAUGACAUUGACGACGAUGACCCUUUCAACCCCCAAGCUCGGCGCAUUGCAGCCCACAACCCGAUGAGGGGGCAGCUGCACAGUUUCUGCAGCUACAGCAGUGGCCUUGGCAGCCAGUGCAGCCUCCAGCCUCCCCCCACCCAGACCAUCUCCAACGCCCCUGUCUCCGAGUACAUGAACCAGGCCAUACUCUUUGGUGGGAACCCACGAUACGAGAAUGUGCCACUCAUCGGGAGAGGUUCCCCUCCGCCCACAGUCCAUUUUUUCAAGUGGCCAGGAGAGUUUGGAAGACCUCUGCCAAAGUCACGGAGAAGUACUCUCCCAGCAUGAGGGCCACCUACAUGUCCGUGGCGGAUGAGCAUCUGAGACACUACGAGUUCCCAUCCUAGCAACUUCCAGGGCACCUGCCUCCUCCACCCAGCUUGGUUUUUCCAGCCGCUGCAGGUCCUGGCUGUGUUUCUAUAACAGAAACUGAAAGUUCCUGGACUGGGAAGGUCCUGUGGCUGCGGAGACACAGCUGGGACACCUGACCAAGCCACAGGUGGAUGCAAGGCCGAGACUAGACCAGCCUCUCUGGCCAAGCUCUCCGUCCUAGGACUCAGCUGCCGUCCCAGAACCGGCCACCCGGUUCAGCCCCCUAAGCCCCAUCCUGAGCAGAUGCUAAGUGGCAGUGAGGAGGCGACCACCAGCCUGAGAGCUCCAUUGUCUCAAGGUCCUGCCACUGGGCCCUGCCUCUUAGUAGCACGGCCCUAAGCCCAGGCCACACCUUCCCGUAACUCUGUCAUCACUUCCUAGCAGGUGACAGUUGGAAGUGUGUUAGGAAAACACGUAGCCCAGGAACCACGUUCUGAGACCACACAGACUCUGCCAAGGAUGGCACUCAGAGUACUUCCCAGAGGGCUUGGUGGCUUCACGCUGGGCACUGCAGCCUGGCAGCUUUGGGCAGGAGCAUGGGAGAGGGCCCGCCACAUUCUGCCUCUCUAACCUCCACCGGCCGGCUCCAUUCUGCAGCCGGGUCUCAGCUGCAGGUGGGGACAGUCUCAGGUAUGAACAGACACUUUGAAAGCAACUGGGCUCUUGUUCCCUGUACUUUAAGACAUUCUGAUGAUCCAAAGACCCACAGCUCCCUCACAGGCACCUCCAAAAGGCUCGGGCCUUACAUCUGUUUCCAUACUGCAGCUCUCUCUCAGAAGCCGUUUUACAGAUCUGGAGGAGAGGCUGGGGAGUGGGUUGUGUGGGGCUUUCUUUUGUGUUACUGCGGUCUCAUUAUAUAGCCCUGACUGGCCCUGGCCUAGAACUCACAGAGAUCCGCCUGCCUCUGCCUCCUGAGCGCUGGGAUUAAAGGUGUGCGCCACCACACUCAGUCCAUCUAUUUUUUUUUUUAUUUUUUAAAUAAAGAUUGGUGAGACACCCUGUGCCAGAUGGCUGGAGAAGGAUAUCUAGGGCCCUGUAAAGGGAGAGACGUGGUAGCCCACAAGACUGAGGGGCUUUCUCUAUUCUGAAGCCGUUUUCUGGCUAGGAGAAAAUAAUGACCGAUGUCCUGCCUGCUGAGGAACCAGGUUAGGCUAUUUGGUGCUUCCAACCUCCUGCCAAUCCAGAGCACACAACACCCUGAAGCCCCGUGGCCUUGCACACCUAAGCAGGGCCUGUGAUAGUGUGCAACAGGGCCGUUUCCCUGUCAUCACACUGACAGCUCCCAGCCAAGCCACCAGGCGCCGGCCUCACUGUGUCCCCUAUAACCCGCGCAUACUGUGAGCCAUCUUUCUGUAUCUGUGCCCUGUGCAGAUCUUGGGCUGACCUCAAGGCAUUGCUUCUAAUGUUUCCUCUGCAGCAACUGAAGGACUUUUUAAUGCAUGUACGUUAAACUAAACUCCUCCGGGUUCUACAGGAGUCGGGUGGGCAAACCUCUGCUUGAUACGUCUUCACCCUCACCUGAGCCAAGAAAUAAACCAUGUCUCUGAA